UUAGAAACACCAUUGAUACAACAGUGGUAGUCUUUUUUAAGUGGUCCAAGACAGCAGCCAUUGCUUCGGUGAAUAGUCCUAUGUUUGUUGCAGUUUAUUCUGUGUGCUCAAUGUAGCGUUUUCAGCUAACCCUUGUAAACGUACUGUAAUGUUUUGGUGGGCUCUUCAUCAACAUAAGGCUACUGCAGAUUAUACAAAGUAGCUACAUUGAAACGUUGAGUGCCAUCUUAUUUGACUACAAAGGGGAAAAAAAGCAUCGGCCUCCAAGACGCAUUUAGCUCGGAAAUUUAAACCCGGUUGUAGAUUAAGUCACAGUUCGCCUUAUUUGGUAUUUUUUUGAAUACAUAGAUUUUUCACUGCCUUGACCAUGUCGCUUCACGGUAAGCGCAAAGAAAUUUACAAAUACGAGGCGCCAUGGACGGUAUAUGCAAUGAAUUGGAGUGUGCGACCAGACAAGCGCUUUCGUCUCGCUCUUGGCAGCUUUGUCGAGGAGUACAAUAACAAGGUUCAGAUAGUUGGAUUGGAGGAGGAGAGCUCAGAGUUUGUCUGCCGGAACACAUUCGACCACCCUUACCCCACCACAAAAAUUAUGUGGAUUCCCGACACCAAGGGGGUGUAUCCUGACCUGCUGGCUACCAGUGGAGACUACCUGCGCAUUUGGAGGGUGAGUGACACUGAGACUCGUCUGGAAUGCCUGCUCAACAACAACAAAAACUCUGACUUCUGUGCACCGCUGACAUCCUUUGACUGGAAUGAGGUGGACCCUAACCUGCUGGGUACCUCCAGUAUUGACACCACCUGCACUAUCUGGGGCCUGGAGACAGGUCAGGUACUGGGCAGGGUCAACCUGGUGUCUGGCCAUGUCAAGACUCAGCUCAUCGCCCAUGACAAAGAGGUCUAUGACAUCGCAUUCAGCCGAGCCGGUGGUGGCCGGGACAUGUUUGCGUCGGUGGGGGCAGAUGGCUCUGUGCGCAUGUUUGACUUGCGCCACUUGGAGCACAGCACCAUCAUCUACGAGGACCCCCAGCACCACCCGCUGCUCCGCCUCUGCUGGAACAAACAAGACCCCAACUACCUGGCCACCAUGGCGAUGGAUGGAAUGGAGGUGGUGAUCUUGGACGUCCGUGUGCCAUGCACCCCAGUGGCCAGACUUAACAACCACCGCGCCUGUGUCAACGGCAUCGCCUGGGCGCCCCACUCCUCCUGCCACAUUUGUACAGCAGUAGCGGAUGACCAUCAGGCGCUGAUCUGGGACAUCCAGCAGAUGCCCAGGGCCAUCGAGGACCCCAUCCUGGCCUACACGGCCGAAGGCGAGAUCAAUAACGUCCAGUGGGCAUCCACCCAGCCUGACUGGAUCGCAAUCUGCUACAACAACUGCCUAGAGAUUCUCCGCGUCUGACAUAACCUGGGCUCAGCUCUUAGCGGGACAGUCUGAGGUGAUCCUUGGAAUCUGAUCUGAUCUGAGCUCAGUGUCGAUGUCCUAUUUUAAUACAGUUGGUAAACAUAGAGGGAUAGUUUAACUCCGGCCCGCUCAAGAACGGACAUGGCAACUUCAUUUUUAUGAUCUGACGUCAACAGGGACUCCUGUUCAUGUAGGACUGAACUGUAUGAUACUGGAUUGUGUAUGUGUUGCCCUUUUCAUUUCAGGAUAAUGUUAUAGAUGCCCUUUACACUCAAAGGGGGGCGACAACGUUACCCACAGACAAUGUUUACACCCUCCUGAGUAAUUUACGGAAAUGCUCAAGACUCCCUCUGGCUGCCUCUCAAUUUAGAAUUUUCUCAGAAGCUGUUAUUUUUUUGACAGACAUGUUUGAAUAAGAUGCAGUUCAUUGUGAGAUUUAUGUUUUGUGAAGGAAAAACAAGAACCCAAAUCAAGAGUAGCCAAAAGACUCAUCACAAUUAUACCCACACUUACCAGGGCACUUUGUUUAAAUCUGAGACUUUUCAGCAUGUUGUUUGAUAAGUGUAUAGGCUUUAACAUGUGAAUGGAUCUGUUUCUUUAAAGUGGUUUUUGGUAGAAUCAGCAGUUGCUACAUCCAUUUUUGGGACGUAUACAUUUAAUGAUGUGUACCCAUUUUGAUUCUUGAAGAAUAUAACUUAUAAAUGCUUAGUUCAAAGUCGUUCCAAAUCAGAACCCAAAAUAUAAGCUCAUGUUUGUAAACAAAGUAAAUGUAAACACCAUAUAGCCUCAAAACAUGGUAAAACGAUAGUUUUGAUAUCAUGAAUGGUCAGUACUUGCAUCCAUAGCAGUCUACGAAUUUGAGUGGUUAGAUUUCUCCAGCCCCAACCCCUCAGCUUUUGACCGAAGCGGGGGCGGGGGAGUCUCUCUUGUUAUUGUUUCUACUGCCGAUUCCGCUUUUACGCUCUUUUUAACAUUUUAAAUGCAGUAUAAUGUAUGUAGUUAUUAGUUGAGUGGCCAUUGUAAUUUACAAUAUCUUUGUUCUCUUAACACCCCAUUAUGUCUGAAUCACAUAGUUUCAGAUCAUAUGGUUAUAUUUAAAACGGGACUGAAUUCAACUAUUCAGGUAUUCAAUUGUUUUUAUCUUCACAUUUACAGUUUUGCCAUUGAACAUAGUGACAAUUGUGAUAUGAAAAACAUCUUUAUUUAAUACAAAUUACAGUAAAUUUCUCCAUUGAACUUAUUCAUCCACUACUUCAAUACAGCUUUGCUAUUUGUCUUCCUUGGUUCUGCCUGUAAAAUAUUGUAAAAAAUGAUCUUAUUGCUAAAGGUAACCCUAAACACUUUGUGUAUAAACUAGAUUAGGUAAAUGUAUAUGAAUUGUUGUAAUGUACAGAUGGGGAUAUUGUAUUGUUGAGGUGCAAAGGUCAUAUCAAGAAGUGGUUCUACUUUUUACAUUGUACUUCAAGCCUCGGUCGAAAGGGCUACCUACAUAACACCGUCACAAUGACAUGAACAGCCAUGACAGCUGGGGUCACCUUUUAUGGCAACCAACUUUUAAAAAUGACACAAACCAUUUAAUAGGCUUAGUCAGUGGGGGGAGGGGAAUAAGGGAGGGUUGUCCAAAAAAGUUGCUUUGUUUAUUAGUUUUUAUUGGGCACAGGGGAGGGUAGUGCUUUUUUUCUGUUUACACUCUUUUUGCAGGUUUUACUAUAUAAUUUAUUCUAUCCUAGACAGAUUUCGUCAUCUGCUUGCGUGCAACCCAUAUAGGUUGUUAUCAAUAAAACGUCACAAUACGGUGCAGAGCGUUCGAUUUGGCUGCUCUGGUCAAGGAGAACCCCAGCUCUGCUAAAACCAUUGACGGCUAAGCCUACGUGCUGUUUUCAAGGGAUUGUUAAAUAAAUAUGAACUGCACUGAACAAAAAUAAAUGCAACAUGCAACAAUU